AUGGCAAGUUGUGAAUCAGAAACAGAUAAUGUUAGAUGUAUUAUAAUUGGUGAUUCUCAAGUUGGUAAGACUUCGUUGAUAAUAACUACUGCAUUAGGCAAAUUUCCUGAAGUUAUCAUACCAAUAUGCAGUUCAGAUAACUUUGAUUAUGGUAAAAGUGUUACAUAUGAAAACAAAAAACUUUAUUUAGAAUUAUGGGAUGUUGGUAAUAGUGAAGAUUUUCCUAUUAUAAGAAUUUCAACGUAUACUGAAGCAGAUAUCUUUUUAAUAUGCUUUUCUGUAGUAAAUAAGAAAUCAUUUGAAAAUGUUAAAGAAAAAUGGUAUCCAGAAGUGCGUUCUAAGAAUUCUAAAACUUCAAUUAUAUUAAUUGGUACUAAAACCGAUUUAAGAAAUGAUGAUAAAAUUAGCAAUGAUCAAGAAUGCAUAACAUACUUAGAUGAUGAGGAAAUGGCAAAAGAAAUUGAAGAAAUUUUCAAUGAAGUUGCAAAAAUAAUAGCGAAUACUCCUAAAAAAAUAGCAAAGAAAAAAAAUAAAUGUAAUUUAAUGUAA